UGUCACAUUAUCACACUUGAUUAUAAUCAGUACAGUUAAAGCAAUAGUUUGUGACAUAAAACAAACAAGCCCUACCCUGUAAGAAACCGCUCAGCCAAGACAGGUGUGGUGUUUGAAGUUUGUUUCUUUAGCUAGCCAUCAGCAUGCUGCAAAAGUGCAAUAAUCUUGAGGGUAUGAAAGCAUGUGCUAGUUUCCCAAGGUGAAAUAUGACUUAGUACUCAAUAACGGUAUUUCUGUGUUAUCAGAAUUAAGAAUGACCUUUCUUUUGAUCAGAAGCUUCUGAGUUAGUAAGGGUGAACUGAUCAGUGUAAUUGUUAUAUUGGCGUAAAAAGUGAGAUAUCCGAGUGAUUAAGAUGGUUUUAUUUAUUUAUAUUUAUUUAUUUAUUUAUUUAUUUAUUUUUUAAAAAGAAGAGUUAAAAAAAAAUGUGCCAUGACAUCAAAUUAUUCAAGCUCAAGCUGUGUGAUGGGUGUAUUUCUAGUAAUAAAUUACAAAACUCAUUUACUGUUAAUUUAUACAAAGUAACCUAGAUGAUAUUGUAGUCAAGUAUGGUUGAUUUGAGAGGAAGAAUCGAGAUUUAGCGCUAGUUAUUCUCAAUAGGUCACUUCUUAGAUCAUUCCAUUCUCCAGCUACUUAUUAUUAAAAGUUGUAGUAGCACAUGACAGAUUGCUGGUAACCUGCUGCUGAUUUUUGACCCGUAGGGUCUGCAUUUUCUUUGCUGUUAAGCGCUGGAGGAAAUGGAGGCUCAUAAAUGACUUGAUCAGUUGUUAAUUUGGAAAUUGCUAUGCAAGUACUUAAUGUUUUUUUUAAAAAAAAUUGUUUAUUGCUUUUGCUUGAGAGAAAGCAAUAAACAACUGGCUGGAACCUGCAUAUGAUUGUCGCUGUGUAUUUUUCUUUUUUUUUUUUUUCUCCCUCUUAACUUGCCCUGUGAAGAGAUCUGUUUGAGAACACAUCAUCAUUAACUAUACUGUGCAACAGCUCAUCUAAUGAUUGUUUUUCUUAGAUGAGUACCACACUAUGUAUGGUAGAACUUAAUGUUAUAUUCAGCCUGUAAAUCAUAUGCCAAAGUUGGGAACUGCUACAUGGCACACUGCGUGGUUCACUGGGAUCUGGACAGUAAAUUGUAGCAGUGAGUGGUGAGUGUACAUUUCAUCUGUAGGCAGGAUGUAGUAAAGGGGUUUGGUUUUUAAGUAAUUAAAAAUGGAUGACAUGUGAUUAGGGGUGUGAUUAAUCGAGAUUUUGAUCAUGAAAACAAAAUAAUCGAGAUAAAAGGAUUAUUGUGCCAUAUUCCGUUUCACAAUGUUCUCGUUUUGUCUUUUUAAAAACUGCGUGCCAUUUUUCUUUACAGCGGUCUGCUUUCACCCCUCCCUGAAAGGCCAAACUCUGCCAGGCUGUGGCAUUUUUCGUUCCGCUUGAGCCAAGAGGACAGAUAGAGAGCCUUUGGUCGACAAGAAAGGUUAAACCGUUUCAGCCGUUUGGAAACAAUUUGGUUUCAAGGAGUCCGAUGUGGAACAAAAAGAAAUAACUUUUGGUUUCAUUGGAAAGCUCAUUUCCUCUAGUGUCAUGACAGCUGGUCUAAAUACGGUCACUUCCUUUCUAGAGCUCACGCAGAAACUACUGGCUGAUAUAAACCAGGAGACAGAAAUUUCACUGGCUAAGGAAGUUAAGUUUGUUUCUGGCGAUGCGAUUUACCGAAAUGAGUCACGUGAAUACAAUAAAAUGUUAGUUUGUUUGUUUUUAUUUAUUUAUAUAUUUAUUUAUUUAUUUAUUUUAAGUUCAAUAAAUGCAUGAUGUUUCCAGAGUCAAUGAGUAAUUGUGUUUAAUAAUCGUGAUCUCAAUGUGCGCUUCAGUGGCGCUUCAUGUACAUAUUCACUUGCUCACACCCACUUGUGUUGUGUGUCCUGACGCACACCACAAGUCUCACCUUUAGUGUAGUUAUUUACCAUAGAGACAUCAGUAGGACCAAGUGUAACCUUAGUUGUGUCCCAAAUGACGUACUGUAGUAUACACUGUGCACUUACACUAUGCACUCUACUGUCUAGUGUAUGAAUUUUAGAAGGGUAGGAUCAUCUCAAACGGAGCGCUAAAAGUUUUUUGCUAACUAGAGGUAUAAGUCGUUUCCCAGUCGAUGACACAUGACUUCAUAUGUAUGUAAUGUGAAGCCGCUAGCAUUAGCAGAAUACCCAGAGGCAACGAAAAUACAUUUCUUAAUUUUACAGUUUGGCAACAGUACCUUUUGUUCCCAACAUGACCUUUUUUCCCCUCUUCCGCUGCGUAAGCAAAGCUGCAACCAUCGAGUACAUGAUGUGUCUAAUGUUCUACUUGUUGUUUUUUCGGUUGAAUGAGUGCAUCAUCCGGGUACUUGAACUGCACUUCUUGUUGUAAUUUUCAGUUUGAACACUAACACUAUUUAUACUACAAAACAUCGUGGAAUAGUGCAUAUGCAUGCGAUUUGGGAUGCAUGUCUUGAUGGUACUGGCACGUUUGCAGUAAAGAAGGAGGUGUUCCCACAGGAGUAUGGUCCAGAAUUUGACCAAGCACUGCAAGUCCUGGUUGGCCAUUUUCUCUCGAGACUGGAACAGCUGCUGCCAGUUCCCAGCUUCAAACAGACUUCCUCGUGGCUGAGUGCAUGCCCCUGGGAGUGGAAUGAGUACCUGGAGUCCAUUUGUAGGACGGAGAGUUUAUUACCUCUCAUGCAAAUUGGAAUCUGUGGGACUUUGGAGGAUAAUGCACUCCCAUCGAUUGUGGAGGACAGAAUCCUCUCUUCGUUGUCCCUAACCGACAUGGUGAUAACCACCCAAACGCAGCCGCCCUCCCAGGAGCCUCAGGAUGUGGACGGGGAGAGUGCACCAGAUGAUGGUGUCCAGGAUGAAGACGUCAGUUCGGGUCUGGACGGAACUGUAGCUGCAGAAUACGUAAGAGUCGACGAUGGUGCGAUGGAGGAAGAUUCAGAGAGACAGACCUUUGAGAGGGAGAUCAAGGAAGCUAUUAAACAUCUGGAAAAAGAGAGCGACAUGUCUGCUGAGGUGGCCGGGAGUCUGCAAAGCACAGGGGUGCCAGGGGUUGACUCAGAAUUGAAAACUACUGAUGAAACAGGAAGUGGAAUAUCUGAAGCAGUAGAGGAUAUUGUAGCUGAACAGCAAACAAUGAUCCCCAGAGUUGCACAUACAAAGAUCACUCAACCACUGGAGGUUUCACACUCUACAGCAAACCGAGGGAGUGACGAGGGUGGAACCGACCAGUGUGAUCCACAGCAGACUGUGUUGGAGGAAGCAGCUCAGGGAGAGGUAACUGCUGAAGCACCGGAGUCCGAGCAGUCUAACAGCAAUCCACUGGCAGUCGACUCCCCGAAGAUACCUUUAAAAAGUUCUUACCUCCUCGGCAGGCUUUUACACAAAUGUCUGAAGUGUGGCAAGCGCUUUGCGUUUCGCUCGGAGCUGCAGAAACACCAGGAGAGUCACAGACUCGCAGCAUCUAUCAAGUGUUGUGAAUGUGGGCAAAUUUUCAGAGAUGCGAAACUCCUGGCUCUGCACCGGCAGAGAGGCUGUCGUAUGAGGACGUACAAAUGCAUCAAGUGCGGGGCAGCCUUUCGGUCUCUCUCGAACUGGUACAAACACCAGCAGGCCCACAAGGUGGUCUGCACACAUAAAUGCCCGGAGUGUGGGAAGGUGUUCCGGAGUCUCACAGGUUUGGUGGCUCACAGACGAGAGCACAUGGGUCCUGCAGUAAACGGCGUUUACACCUGUGACAAAUGUGACAUGACGUUUGGCUCAUAUAGAGGCAGGGUGCUGCACCAGAGGGUCCACACUGAUAAAUCCAAGCAGCCUUCUCGAAAGGAGCGCGAACCGGGGAAAUGCCGUUUCUGCGACGAGUCGUUCGUCCUGCUCAGCGAUUUGAGAGUGCACCUGAAAACUCACCCCGAGUACCGACCGCAUCAGUGUGACCAGUGUGGGAAGUGCUUCGCUCUGCACCACAGUCUGCUCGCACAUCUCUCAAACCACACAGGAGACAAGCCAUACCUCUGCACACAGUGCGGCAAGCGCUUCUUCAGCAAGGUCCAGCUGAAAUCGCAUAUGAGGUGUCACUCGGGCGAGCGGCCGCACAUGUGCCCUCACUGCGGGAAAUGCUUCUCGUUGCUGGGCAACCUGAACAUCCACGUACGAAUCCAUACUGGCGAGAAGCCCUACUUGUGCCGUCACUGCGGAAAAGGAUUCAUCUCUGCUGGAGAGCUGCAGGUGCACGAGCGCAGUCACACUGGUGAGAAGCCCUACUGCUGCAGCAUUUGUGAUAAAAGAUUUGUGGUGUCGAGCCACCUGACGGCUCACAAGCGCGUUCACACGGGAGAGCGCCCCUACUCCUGCACUCAGUGUGGCAAGACCUUCAUACGGAGAUACGACUGGAAUAAACACAUGUACACUCACUCAGGGGUGAAGCCCUUCCCCUGCACGAUCUGCCAAAAGAGCUACACACGUCGCACACACUUGAACAGACACAUGCAGAGCCACGGCGCAGGCCAUUAGUAAACAUCAGUCUGAAUGAUCGGAGCGGAAAUUCGUUCGUGUAAAGAAGUACAUACUUUUAAAUAAGGACAUUCCAGUGCAAAGUUUCAAAAGCACAUUGCUUAUAUGUUUUGUUUGACCAAAUGCAGAUAUAAUUAAACAAUAAAUGUUUGCCUUCUAGUUUAUCAAA